AACCGUGUACCGCGUGUACGGAGAGUCAACAGCUGAUCCAGCUGAUUCGAUUGUGUAUGUGUAGAAGGGGAGGCUAAUAUCGCGCAUUGUAUGUUGAUGUUCCGCGUAUUUAGAGGAGACUUUCGACUGAUAAACGUGGCUUCCCGGUGACCGGACAGACCUGUCGCGAUUCGAAUGCGUGAGACGCGUGUGCUCUGACAUGAGCCUUUCUCUUGGAAGUCGCAAGGAGUACCGGCCUUCUCGGGUACUGAUGCCGGUACUCCUGAGUGCCUGCGCUAUCCCGAUUUCGAUGGUCUUCUGGAUAAUAAACGUGGCUUACUCGAUUUUGUGGCCGGACACUACCAAUUCGACAGAAGAACAUUUGGUGAUCUCACCAUGGAGAUGGUUGGCUGCAGUUGUGAUUCCAGUUAUGUUUAUAUUUUGGGGCUUACGCAAGAAAAGUUUGGAUAUCAGUGGUGCAAUUCUUGGCUUUUUUACGGGCUUUAUCUUGACACUUUCAAGUUUUAUUCAUUUGGGGGCUCUCGUUGUGUUCUUUGUAACUUCGUCAAAGAUAACAAAAUUUCGUUCUGCGGAAAAGAGAAAAUUCGAAGCUGAUUUCAAGGAGGGUGGCCAACGGAACUGGAUCCAGGUUUUGUGUAAUAGUGGCAUGGCUAUGCAAUUAGCUUUAUUAUAUCUGUUGGAUGUUGGAAGUGGAGAACGGCCAAUCGACUUCGAUAAGGAAUAUCGCAGUUCAUGGUUAUCUAUUGGAAUAAUAGGAGCAUUUGCAUGUUGUAACGGUGAUACGUGGGCUUCUGAAAUUGGCACGGUGAUCGGUAUAGGUAAUCCUUUUCUCGUCACAACGAGAAAGAAAGUCCCGAAAGGAACGAAUGGUGGUGUAUCGUGGAUAGGCUUGAUAUCUUCUCUUGUUGGCGGUUUAGUAAUCGGGCUUUUCUGUUAUAUUUUGAUAUUAAAUACCGUUGAUACGGUGGUACUACAAUUAGCAGCACCACAAUGGCCCAUUAUAGUCGUUGCCGCAUUCGGAGGUCUCUUUGGCAGUAUCUUAGAUUCCAUUCUCGGCGCGACUUUACAGUAUUCAGGAGUGGACGAAAAGGGUAUUGUAGUCGAGCGACCAGGCAAAGGUGUAAAGCACAUUUGUGGUAAACAGGUCCUGGAUAAUCACAGUGUAAAUCUUCUUUCAUCUAUUGGUACUGCACUGAUUCUUCCGAGAAUAGCCAAUAUUUUCUGGCCAUAAAGAUCAAAUAUUUUUCAGAUCUAUUUAAAAACAGAAUUUUAAUAUUGCAUUUAUUACUUUUCUAUAUUCUACAUUUCAAGCAAAAUUGGUACUUUCAUCCCUGAUCUCUAUCGAUAUAUAUUCUAAAAUAGCAAUAAUUUAGAUGUUGAUAAUUUUUUAAUAACGUACUAUUUCACACAUUUUAUUUAUGAUGUUCAAUUUUUUUAUUAAGGAUCAUUAAUUGUUUAAUAAAUAUUAAUUAUGUUGUCAACACAACUUUAUGUUAUUCUAUUGUGUGCUACUGGCUGCGUUCAAGAAGAUGCUAUUAGCGCCAUUAGUAUCAGUCUUCAUUGCUCAUUAAAAAUAGAACAAAGCUAAACUGAUGCUGAUAGUGCUAAUAGCGUCUCCUUGAAUCUAUUGCUUAAUGAAUACCUAUUGCUUAAUGUAAUUGAAAUAUGAAGAUUGUACAAAAAUAUAAAACUUAUAUUUUUAUAUAAUUUAUAUGCAGUUCAUAUUAUCUUUCGCUAAAAUUUAUUUUAAUAUUCUAAUGAAGGCUUGAAUAGUUUGCAUAAUUAGAAUUUUUUAAUAUACAUUUAUGUUUAUAUUUUACGAUAUAUAGAAUUAUCGCAUUAUCUUUAGCUAAGAAGUGUGAAAAAUUGAAAGUACUUCGUUUGAUAAAAAAAA